CGGCAACCAUGGGAAUGCAGCUCCUGACGCUGCUCCGCUGCCUUGCGGAUUAGACUCCAAGUCAAAGGCUCGGGGGGUGGUCCCUUAAGAAAACCACCUGCUUCGGUCUGGGCGCUCGGGCAGUAUCUCAGCCCGCACACAAUGAAUGAAUUGAAGCAACGAACUCUCAUUGAAACUCAACACGCGCUAGUAAAAAUGAUUCCAAGCAAUAUGGAUCCCUCAAGCAACUUAUUUCCUUCCUAUCUUACUUUUAUUUUUACACAUAGUUUCCCGAAUUCUACCUUUGCUAACCUUGGCUUCUUAACCUUCGACAGCCUUUCGCCUUUGUCGAGAUUCCCAGCCUAUCCGUGUCGUUUCGAGAUGCUAGUAGGUAGUCCUCAAAAUGGUUGUUCCCAAUGUGACUUCUAACACAGAUAUCCUGAAACCGCGUGCUGCGUUCAAGCUGGCUACCUACAAUGUUCGGACGCUGAUGCAAAUCGGACAACAGGCAGGGUUGGCAAGAACUUUGGAAAGCCUUGCUAUCGAUGUCUACUGCAUUUCGGAGACCCGCAUUCAAGAUCCCAGUGAAGUGCUUCGACUAUCCUCUCCAUCUGGAAGUUCUAGUAGUAUGUACCACCUGCGCUUAUCCGGGGACCCUGUGGCAUCGGCAUCCGGCGUAGCUGGUAUCGGUGUCGCACUGAGCGCUAGAGCUGAAGCUGCACUGCUCGACUGGAUUCCCAUUAACAGUCGUUUAUGUGCUGUGAGGCUGGAAGGAUAUACGAAAGUAAGGAGUAGUAGGCCAGAUAGGCGGUGUCUAUCUGUUGUCUCUGCCUAUGCACCGACGGAUUGCAGCCCGGAUGCAAUGAAAGAUGAGUUUUACUACCAACUGAGCGAUCUGUUGAAACAGGCGGGUCGGAGGGAUAUCGUAGUGCUAGCUGGGGACUUUAAUGCACAGGUCGGGCGUCUAAGCUCAGAGGAGAGUCGUCUAGGUGGUCAGUGGGGACUACAUGGUCGCAGGUCAGAUAAUGGGGACCGUCUUCUGCAGCUUUGCGCGGAUCACAACCUAUUUCUAGCCACCAGUGUUCAUCUAUACUACUUGGGGGGUUGCUGGUAAGCAUUGUUUCCAACUCAUUCUGAUAUUUCAAAGAAGUAGCAGGUGCUACUAGUUUGCUCACAUCAACGCUUAGACGACGGUUUUUACGAACCCCACCAAAUCGCAAGACGGACUUGGCACACACUAACGCAUGAUCGGAGUCCAGGCAUGUGCUCCAGAAGGAGCGACAGUCUUGUAUGCAUCCUCGCCACCGGAAACUGACCGCAAUAUGAUCA